AUGGCAGGAAAGGCCCCUAAGAAGUCCUCCAUCCCGGGAGUGAACAUCCGGCAGCUGGUGGAUGAGAUCCCCGAAGGCUGCAGCACACCAGAUUUCAAGCAGAAGCCUGUCACCUUGGCUCUCUCUGAAGGGAAAAAUGCCAUCUUUCGGGCAGUGGUCUGUGGGGAGCCCAGACCUGAAGUAUACUGGCAGAGCACCAAAGGAGACCUCAGCAACUCCAGCAAGUACCAGCUUUCCUCUGCCCCUGGCAGCAAGGAGCACGUGCUGCAGAUCAACAAGCUGACUGGAGAAGACUCGGAUCUCUACCGCUGCACCGCGGUGAACGCCUAUGGAGAGGCCACGUGUUCAGCGAGGCUUACUGUCAUCGAAGUGGGUUUUCGGAAGAACCGAAAAAGGCAAAAGGAACCUCAGGAGGACCUCAGGAAGGAGUUGAUGGACUUUCGGAAGAUGCUGAAAAAGAGGGCCCCACCUCCAGCCCCUAAUAAAAAGAUGGAGUCUGAAAAGGUGUGGCAGCUGUUGAUGGCCUCAGAUCGGAAGGACUAUGAGAAGAUCUGUAUGCAGUACGGCAUCGUAGACUUCCGGGGCAUGCUGCGCAAGCUGCAGGAGAUGAAGAAGGAACAGGAGGACAAGAUGGCACAGUAUGUCACUGCUGUUGCCAACUUGAGACACAUCAGGGUCACCAAGGAAGGGGCUGCCACAUUUGACUUGGAGCUGGAUCUCAAGAACCUUGAGAGCAAGAUUUACCUGUACAAGGAUGGUGAGAUGAUCCCCUAUGGCUCUGAUAACCAGACCAAGCACUGUCUGAGACGGCUGGGGAAACGCUACCACUUCCAGAUCCAGGACCUGCGGCCGGAGGAUGCUGGCCUUUACCAGGUCAUGGUGGAAGAUGCUGUGGUCUUCUCCACAGAGCUAGAGGCCAGCACCAUCCCUCCCAGAGUGGUGGUCCCAUUGGCAGAGGCCCGCUGUGAGGAGCAGAGUAAUGCAGUCUUUGAAUGUACACUCUCCAACCCUUGUCCCAAUGCUACCUGGCAUUUCCAGCACCGACCACUGAGGCCCAGUGACAAAUAUGAAGUAUUUGUGUCUCCUGAUGGGCUCACCCACCGGCUGGUUGUGAAGGGGGCCGGCCACUCAGAUAUGGGCCUUUACUCGCUGAACACUGGGCUCCACGCCUCCAGUGCCUGGCUGGUGGUUGAAGGUGGGAAGGAUACAGGCCCUCAGACCACAGAUACUGACCACCGGCUUCAGAGCAGGAGAGAUACCCAAGAGGGCAAGUCAGAUGUCUAUAGCCAGGGACAAGCUGCAAGCCAGAGCCCCAGAUCCAGAUACAAGCCUGGCACUGGCCGCUCUUCUUCGGAGGCCCGAGGCUCCAUGGGCCACUUCUCUCAGGGUCUGACUGAUACUGAGGUGCAGCUAGGAGAAGCUGCCAUACUGUCCUGUACCCUCUCCAGCGACCUGGGACCUGGCACCUGGUUCAAAGAUGGAGUCAAGCUCACUGCCCAAGAUGGGGUCAUCUUUGAGCAAGAGGGGCUCACGCACAGACUGAUCCUGAGCCACGUGGAGGGGACCCAGGCUGGGAGAUACACUUUUGUAGCUGGCAGCCAGCAGAGUGAGGCCAGCCUGAUCGUGCAGGAUCCCCCCACCAUCGCUCCAGAUGUGACAGAGACACUCAGAGAACCACUGGUGUUCAAGGCUGGGAAGCCAGUGACUGUGAAAAUCCCUUUCCAGAGCCACCUCCCUGUUCAGGCUGCCUGGAGGAAAGAUGGGGACGAGGUGGCGGGCAGCAACCACAGGGGCGUCCAAGUGGCCCUAGGGGAUGGCUAUACACGACUGUGCCUCCCCAGCGUGUGCAGGAAGGACAGUGGCCAGUACAGCGUGACACUGAGGAGUGAGGGAGGCUGCGUGCAGGCCGAGUUUACUCUGCAAGUUAUAGACAAGCCUCAGCCCCCACAGGGACCCCUGGAGGUGCAGGAUUGUCACAAAGCAGGUGUCUGCCUCUGCUGGCAGCCCCCGAGGGACGAUGGGGGCCAGGUCGUGCAGCACUAUGUGGUGGAGAGGCGGCAGGCUGGAAGGAGCACUUGGCUGAAGGUGGGCGAGCCCCCACCAGACAGUACCAGCUUCACUGACAGCAGCGUGGAGCAGGGCAGGAAGUAUGCCUUCCGUGUUCGGGCUGUGACCUCAGAGGGGGCCGGAGAGGCCCUGGAAUCGGAGGAGAUAUUGGUGGCUCCUGAGGCUCUCCCAGGGCCCCCUUCUGCCCCAGCCAUCCUGUCAGCCUCCAGCCAGAGCAUCACGCUAACAUGGAUGGCACCACGGGGCCCUGGCAGUGCCCACAUCUUGGGCUACCUGGUUGAGAAGCGCAAGAAGGGGAGCAACACCUGGAUGGCUGUGAAUGAGCAGCCCGUGUCUGAAAGGAGGUACACUGUGGUAGAUCUGCGACAGGGUUGCCAAUAUGAGUUCCGGGUCACAGCUGUGGCUCCCUCGGGGCCUGGAGAGCCUGGGCCUUCAUCGGAUGCUGUCUUUGCUCGAGAUCCCAUGAGACCCCCAGGGCCUGUGCGGGACCUCCAGGUUACAAACACGACGGACACUAGCAUCACCCUGAGCUGGGUGGGGCCGGACACCCAGGAUAAUGAUGAAGCCCAGGGAUACAUUGUGGAGUUGUGUGGCUCAGACAGCCUUCAGUGGAGCCCAUGCCACGUGGGCACUGUGCCGGGCACCACCUUCACAGCCAAGGGCCUUCGGCCCCAAGAAGGCUACUUUGUGCGGGUGACGCCAGUUAACGAUGGGGGCCAUGGCCAGGCCACUUCCCUGGACACACUGGUUCAUGCCAUGCCUGCUACCGUCUGUCCCAAGUUCCUCAUGGACUCCAGCACAAAGGAUACACUGGUGGUCAGGGCUGGGGACAGCAUUCGAGUUCCUGUGUCCUUUGAAGCUGCCCCCAUGCCUGAGGUGACCUGGUUGAAGGAUGGCUUGCCCUUGAGCAAAAGAAGUGUGACCACCGUGAAAGACGGCCUCACCCAGCUUCUGAUUCCUGCAGCCAGCUUCUCAGACCAAGGCCAGUACACUGUGAUGCUGAAAAGCCUACAGGGGAAGGAAGCCACCUACAGCUUCUUCAUCAGUGUGGCAGCAUGUCCACAGGCACCAGGGUCCAUCUACCUGCAGGAGAAUGUGCCCGGGACAGUGACGGUCCAAUGGGAACCCUCUCCAGAUGAGGCUCAGGCCAUCCCCUUGUACUAUACAGUGCUGAUGCGCUCCUCAUCCCACGGGUCCUGGCAUGAAGUGGCCGACCGCGUCCACACCAACCGCUUCACCCUCCUGGGGGUCCUCCCUGGCCAUGAGUACCACUUCCGGGUUCUGGCAAAGAAUGAGCUAGGAACCAGUAAACCUUCAGAAACCAGCCAACCCUGGUGUAUCCCCAGGCACAGAGACAGGUUCACAGUAAAAGCUCCCGCACACCGGGAACCCAAGCUGAGCCAGAAGCCUCGCUUCCUGGUGGGGCUGCGGGCCCACCUUCUGCCCCAGGGCUGCGAGUGCCGCAUGACCUGUGCCGUGCAGGGCUCACCCCAGCCCCACGUCACCUGGUUCAAGAACGACCAAAGCUUGGACAGAAACCCCGCGAUGUACAGUACUGACAUGCUGGGCGUGUGCUCCCUCGUCAUCCCCAGUGUGUCCCCCGAGGACAGCGGCGAGUACAAGGCUGUGGCCAAGAACCCGCUGGGACAGGCCGUCAGCACAGCCACCCUCAUCGUUACAGGUAACGAUGGCUGCCCUGCAGGGGACCAAGUGGCCUGGGAAUAG